UCUCGCGGGAACAGCAUUCAAAAAGCCCUGGCGCUUACCUGAGAACUAGCUGAAUGAAUGUGUAGACGACUCUGGUCGUGAAGUGGGGUUGCCAUCGCGAACCUGGGCGCCGUGAGCCCUCGUCUCGAGCGGCUGGCUGCAGCAGCGGGGGAAAAGGGUGAGGAGAGAGUAGACCAGAAGCAAAAAAAAAUCAUGGAGGCAGAUAUCAUUGCGGAUCUUCGAUGCAAGCUCAAAGAGGUUGAAGAAGAGCGACUAAAAGCUGCACAAUAUGGUUUACAACUAGUAGAGAGCCAAAAUGAGUUGCAGAAUCAGUUGGAUAAAUGUCGUAAUGAAAUGAUGACCAUGACUGAGAAUUAUGAACAAGAAAAAUAUACUCUUCAGAGAGAAGUUGAGCUUAAGAGUCGAAUGUUAGAAAGUUUGAGCUCUGAAUGUGAAGCUGUUAAACAACAACAGAAAACACAUCUGGAGCAAUUAAAAGAACAACUAAGCAGAAGCCAUGGACAGGAAGUGAAUGAACUAAAAACUAAGUUAGAAAAACUAAAAGCAGAAUUAGACGAAGCUAGGCUUAGUGAAAAGCAGCUGAAGCACAAAGUAGAUCAUCAGAAGGAACUCCUUUCAUGUAAAUCAGAGGAAAUGAGAAUAAUGUCUGAGCGUGUACACGAAAGUAUGUCUUCAGAGAUGCUGGCUCUUCAAAUUGAGCUGACUGAAAUGGAAAGUAUGAAGACUACCCUCAAAGAAGAAGUGAAUGAAUUACAGUAUAGACAAGAACAACUAGAACUUCUUAGUACUAAUUUAAUGCGCCAGGUAGACCGUCUUAAAGAAGAAAAAGAGGAGCGAGAGAAAGAAGCAGUUUCUUACUAUAAUGCCUUAGAGAAAGCUCGUGUAGCAAAUCAAGAUCUUCAGGUGCAGUUAGACCAGGCCCUCCAGCAAGCCUUGGACCCCAGUAGUAAAGGCAACUCUUUGUUUGCAGAGGUGGAAGAUCGAAGGGCAGCAAUGGAACGUCAGUUCAUCAGUAUGAAAGUCAAGUAUCAGUCACUAAAGAAGCAAAAUGCAUUUAAUAGAGAACAGAUGCAGAGAAUGAAGUUACAAAUUGCGACAUUGCUACAAAUGAAAGGAUCUCAAACUGAGUUUGAGCAACAGGAGCGGCUGCUUGCCAUGUUGGAGCAGAAGAACGGUGAAAUUAAACACCUCUUAGGUGAAAUCAGAAACCUGGAGAAAUUUAAGAGUUUAUAUGAAAGUACGGAAUCUAGGCAGUCCGUCAACUCUGACACUCCAGAAGAUAACACUUACUAUACAGAUUUACUUCAGAUAAAGCUUGACAACUUAAACAAAGAAAAUGAAAGCACUAAAGGUGAAUUGUCCAUCCAGCGAAUGAAAGCAUUAUUUGAGAGCCAACGGGCUUUGGAUAUUGAAAGAAAACUUUUUGCAAAUGAAAGAUGCCUCCAGCUCUCCCAAAGUGAAAAUAUGAAACUGAGAGCUAAAUUAGAUGAGUUAAAACUGAAGUAUGAACCUGAAGAGAAAAUUGAAGUGCCUGUGGCCAAAAAGAGGCGUGAGGUCCUGCCUGUGGAUAUAACCACCCCUCACAGUGUGUGUGCCAAAAGUGCAGUAGAGGAAGAAGUUUGUAGAUUACCACCUCAGAAAGAGGAGGCACAGUGCUGUCCCAGCAAUUCAGAAAAUAACAACUUGCAGAUAGAAAAGACAGUUUCUGUAAAUACACCAGAAGUCAUUCUGUCUCCUCAUAAGAGUCUGCCCAUGGAUACUCAGCCAAGGAAGGAAAAGAAGUGUGUAAAACUUAUAGGAGUUUCAGCAGACUCUGAAGUCUUAAGUGAAAGAAGUGGAAACACCCCGAAUUCUCCCAGGUCAGUGGCCUAUUUUCCUCAGGGCAACCAGCAGACCUCUCCAUCUCUUCUCUAUCGCUGCAUGAACUGUGCUAUCUGUUUCUUUAUCUAUUUUCUUAGUAUUGCAUGUAGUAUAAUUCCCCAAUUUCAUCUGCCUACCUUCAACUUUUUUAAAACUUUAAGAAAAACUAAAAUGAUCACAAAGGGAAAGGACUCCUGAAUAAGGGAAUUAUUUUCGAGAGUUACACUUUGCUAUUUCAAGAAACAGAAAUACCACAGUCUAGUACAUCUCUGAAUGUUUUGUUGGUUUCAAGAAAUGUAUAGUUGGUUAUUUUUCCCCUAGUUCAAGAGUGACCAUGAAAGAAAAAUUAACUUAUGUCCUAAAAGGGCUUUCUAGUAGUCUAAGAAAUUUCAGCCUUCUAGAAACUGUUAGGUGAAAUUUUUUUAUGUUUUUUGAAAUUGUUUACCCUAAGUCUACAAGAAACAGCUUUGAUUUUGACAUUUUUAAAUAUCAAAGGUAAUUCAUUUUCAUUUUUAUAUCAAAACUUCAAAGCCUCUAGUUUCUACAUGUUUGAGUUUGUGACUCAAAGAGGAAGUGUCAGACAUGUGUCUAUAGGAAUUAACAUUUUAAGGGCCUUAUCUUUAAAACAAAUUAAAAUAAUAGAGAUUGGGAGGUAAGAGAAAGUGAGUGAAAGGAAAAGGUAGGUAACAGUGACUGAAGCUAGGAUAGAAUAAGAUACAAGCUCAGGGCAAGUGUAGCAGGACCAAGAGUAGGGAAAAAAGGAAUGAGAAUGGAGAAGGUAAUAAAAAGAUGAUGAAGGAUGUCUGUAUGCAAUGGAAUGAUAGAUGCAUUUAAAAUGAGUAUCUUUAGACAUUUUAAAAAUUAAGCAUAUUGAUGUGAAAACAGGUUGGAUUGUCUACUUAUUAAAAUGAUCUUUAAGGUGCUACUAGGGCUACAUGAGUCUUUGAUGGGAAGGUACAGAAUAAGACAUUUUACUAGUGUGUAUUUGAGUUAAGAUAGUAAGACAUAGCCCACCUUUGUAAAAGGGCUGUUUUGUAUGUUUUGCCUGAUUUUUUUUUAGUAAGUCUUCAGUGCUACUGAAGGUACUGUACAGUGAAAGCACCUCAACAAUGUGAGCAGCUAUUAUUAUUAAGAGAAGGACUGUUGACCCCUGAGCAACAUGGGUUUGAACUGUGCAGGUCCACUUCCAUGCGAAUUUUUUUUUUCAUAUAUAUAUAUAUAUAUAUAUACCAUACAUUAUUGUAAAUGUGUUUUUCUUAUGAUUUUCUUAACAUUUUCAUUUCUGUAGAUUUACUUUAAGAAUGCAGCAUUUGAUACAUAUAUAAAAUAUGUGUUAAUCACUUGUUUAUGUUAUGGGUAAGGCUUCCAAUCAACAGUAGGCUAUCAGUAGUUAAGUUUGGGGGGAGUCAGAGGUUAUAUAAGGAUUUUUGACUGCAGGGGUCAGCAUUGUUCACAGGUCAUCUAUAAUUUAUUACUCCAUUCCUUGAAUUUUUAUAUAGUAACAUUAUAAGUCUCAUAAGAUAAAAGCCUAAUAUUCUCAAAGAAAAAGUAACUUCAAAUAAAUUAUAAGUCACACACACACACACACACACACACACACACACACACACAGAGUUCCAAGUAGUUUUGAAAUGAAGUCAGUAGGUUAUGUUUGUAUAUAUGUGAUUCAUUGUGUAAGUGUGCUUGACCAUUGUAUAUUUCUGGAGGUGCAGUUCCAGAAUUAAUCAGUGCAGACCUUGCUACCUGUGUUGUCUUCAUUUCUUUUUCUGCUCUUUUUUGCUUGAUAAAAAUUACUUAAGCAAAUGUAUCUACUUGUUUGACUCAAAUUAAGUAGCACGUUGGAAUUUUGUCUGGCUACUGAAACAAAAACAAAUAAAAUACCACAAAACGUU